CUAACGUUACUUAAAUGACAGGUUACUUUUUUAUCAUUAAUCCUUGGCUAACAAGAAACUUUAUUAUUAUUUUCGUCAAAGAAUAACUGAGCUCUUCGAAACUUUGUGAAUUUGGAUAAGGAAACCUGUUGAAUAUAUGACAUUGUAACAGACCGAGAGCGGAAAGAACACGGUUUGAUUGUACGAUUAAUGUCUGGCGAAUGGAGGCGAUUUCGAAGAGAAAAAAGGUAUCAUAUUCUUUCUGGUUGUCAUGGAAAUGAGAUGCCAUUCACCGACAGCCUGUAGCGCUGAAGCAGACCUAGGAGAUGUAACGGUGAUACAAGUUUUUGCGCCUUUCUUCGGACAAAGUUGUCUGUGCUCUGAAAACGGAAUAUUUUUUUUUCUCUAUGCUUCGUUACUAUCGGUAGUCAUAUUGUUUCGCUUAAUAAUGAUUCGCAUCUUUGAUUUGCCUGUGCCAUCAUUUAUUAUAACUGACCGAAGGGUAACUGUGACCUUAUUUUUUCGCCACGUGUGUGUUAACUCUCACAACAUAUAGACGUAUUGUUGCGUAGGGAUUGUUCAAGGUGAAUUCGCUAAAACGCUAUCGGUUUCGGGGUGAUUUGUAAUGGAAAACGAACCAGCCUGCGAAAGAUUAAAAUAAUCCCGUGUUAUAAAGUUUGCUGAGCUCGUGGAUGACUCCGUUGAUGACACUUUACGAAGAAUAGCCUUUACAUCUUUGAAUAAAUAUCCAACUGAUGCUCCGUUUUAUGAAGCGGCAUCUAUUCGCAUUGCAGUCUCGGUAGUUACUGAUCUUGAAUGGACUUAUUUUCAUAUGAGGUUGAGUUGCAUCUCCGGUAUCAAUUCUGUUUUUUGUUCUAUGUUAGGAACCGCAGAUAAUAUACAAUACAGCUAUAUGGCAAAUACAUGCGCAAGCAACAGAAACUGUAGAGUCAGGUGACAACUAUAGGCUAUUCUGAACAAAGUCUCAAGAAAAAAAGCGAAAACUCUUCUUAUUUUUACAUUAGCCUGCUGUCUGAAAUUUAAGUCUUAGUUCAGAAUGGGAAAAGUUAAAAAUUGUGUCCUUCCCAUACUGCUUGAUGGCUGAUUGCACGGCAAGAAAAUAACACGGGUUUCAUUUUGGGCAAUACACACAUCAUCAACUAAACACAAAUGGAAAUCACGUUAUUUUGUCGUUAUAACGAUCGACAGUCUACGUUCAACGCACCAUAAGGCAACUUAGACCAACUGUGGAUAAAAUGUUGCUAUGUCUUUUUUCGGAUUGUCCUCGUGCUCAAGAUGUUAUAAAUUCUCGUUUUCAUUUAGGCCUAGCAACAUUAGUUUUACUCCUGCUUUUUGAACAUGUAUUGCGAUAUUUCAGAGUUGUUUGGCAGUUUUUCGUGUGAUUUAGCCUACUUAUAGCCCAAGUAGACACAAAAAUCAUCUCUUGACAGGUUUCACUUCUUCAGCUGAUUUACUGUAGUCUACUUGUAGCUUUUCGUUUUUCGCUGUCUUUCUUUUUCUUUCUCCUUUCUUCACUUGUCUGCCAGAAAGCCACUUACUGUCUGGCUUAUUAAAGUCGGGCGCUACCGCCUAUCACAAGGUGCGUGUUUAAAAGACCAUUCACGGUUCUCUAGGUAACCAGUCCCCGAUCGCUCCGGAUGGAUCAGCGAGUGAAAAAUAACCACACCAGUUAGCUUCUGUUGGAAACAUGUAGCCUGGUAAUGGUCUAUUUGAAGUGAUGAUUGCGAAUCCAUCUUUACAAAGCUGAGCGACCGAAGAGGCACGCGUUUGAAUUAAGAAAACACAAGUUCGGCAUGAAUUGUUGAGAAGAGGGAGAAUUUGCCAAGUUGUGAUAUACCUUGGCAGUUAUUGUGAAGACGAGACUGAGUGAAAGCGUGGUGUCUUAUAAGUCUGCUUCUGUGUAGGCUACUGUAGUUGAAAUCGGAUUGGAUUCUAUAUAAAUCAUAUUUUAUCUUAUAUUAAUUGCUUCACUGUCUCCAUUUGUUCUGGUAUUAUUAUUAACAUCAUUAUUGCUAUCAUUACUACUACUAGGCAACUACUAACUUGUUACUGUCUCACAAUACUGAGUUUUCGAAUUAACUUAAUAUUGGAAGGCUGUUUUAUUUUAGUUAUCUUACUAGUUCCAGUAACAUGGCAAAUCUGCACAUAUGUUGCAUGCGAUAUUUAAGUCCGGAAAAGUAUAUGUGUAUUAACAAAAUGUGUCAUUUUGCAAUCAGUUAAGUGAUUCAUAGUUUUCGGAAUUAUUAAUUAAUUGUCUUGCCGAAGCAUAAAUUCUAUCAAGUUAGAAACAAGGGUACCGAAGUGGCUUGAUUUGUUUAGACAUGCUUACGCAGAGAGGGGGCGCUGUACCCUUUUAAAUAGUCUGUUCUUGGGCGCUUGAAUGCAUUUCAAAGUUGAAGGCGUAGGACGCGCGCGGACAGUUUCAUUUUAUGGACUAACUCAGGUGGAUAUUGCUACAAAGCCCCCGGUUCGAAAGAGCGCCCCCAGCCGAGCUCUGAGACCCGGCCGUCGGACACUGUAACUACCGAGGCGUCUGUUGCAGCUGCCUCUCUCCAUCGCCUUGUACCAACUCCGCUGAGAAAACCGACCACAAUUCAGCGUGCAAAAUUUCAACCAGAACUAACUGCAAUGACAUUAAGAACAGGAACAGUAAGUAAUAUGCCCUGUGUGCAGGCCCAAUAUGGCCCCGCCCCCCCCGGAUCCAGCUACACCAGUCAGACCUUCUACGACUACAGCUCUGAGCUCAUGAACCCGGACUACACCAAGCUGACCAUGGAGCUGGGUGGAGGGGAGAUCUCUGCGGCGGCCACCACCUCACUGCCCAGUUUUAACGUGUUUGUGGACAGCAGCUACGAGCCCAAGUCCUCCUGCCUCUACCAGAUGCAGGGCCAGCGGUCCUUGAUAAAGAAGGAGGAAGACCCUUACCCCGCACCCCCCCAGCUGUCUGAGGAUGCCAUUCCCAGCACCUCCAUGUACUUUAAACAGUCUCCACCCUCCACGCCGACCACUCCUGGCUUGCCAGGCGCGCCCAGCACCUCCUUCAUCUGGGAUGAUCCUCAUCACCUCCCCCAGGUCCCGCCCAACUGCUCCCUGAUGGAUUCUGGUGCCCUAAAGUCCCCCCGUUUCCCGCCCUUCUUCGACCAUUCCCCCCCGCACGGCAGCUAUGACCCGGUCCCGAGGCCGCCGCCUCCCUCGUCCUCGUCCUCCGCGUCGGCCGUGCAGCACCCCCCUGGACUGGAGCCCCACAUGUACCCGGUGCGCUUAGGGAAGCCGGGCACCCUACACUUCCCACUGAGCAUGGGUCCCUGCACCCCCAUCCUCGGGGAGGGCACCAUGCCAUCGCCUCCUGGCCGGUCCGGUUCAGGGGAGGGUACCUGUGCCGUCUGCGGGGACAACGCCGCGUGCCAACACUACGGCGUGCGCACCUGCGAGGGCUGCAAAGGCUUCUUUAAGAGAACCGUGCAGAAGAAUGCCAAGUACGUCUGUUUGGCCAGUAAAAACUGUCCGGUGGACAAAAGAAGACGCAACCGCUGCCAAUACUGCCGCUUCCAGAAAUGUCUGAGCGUGGGCAUGGUGAAGGAAGUGGUCCGGACAGACAACCUGAAGGGCCGAAGAGGUCGUCUGCCUUCCAAACCAAAGAGCCCCCUACAGCCGGAGCCGUCACCCCCCUCACCACCUAUCAGCCUCCUCAAUGCCUUAGUGAGAGCCUACUCUCAGUCCACCCCCAGAGACCUGGACUACAGCCAGUUCAGCGCCGUGGACCAGCCGUCCACCACCUCAGACGCCCAGCACAUCCAUCUCUUCUACCGCCUGCUGACCAGCUCCAUGGAGGUGACGCGAUCCUGGGCCGACCGCCUGCCCGGAUUCUCCGAUUUGCCGCGGGAGGACCAGACUCUGCUCAUUGACUCCGCCUUCCUCGAGCUCUUCGUGCUCCGGCUGGCCAACAGGUCCAUCCUGGCGGAGGACAAGUUUGUUUUUUGCAACGGGCUGGUUCUGCACCGGUUCCAGUGCCUUCGUGGGUUCGGCGAGUGGCUGGACUCCAUCCGAGAUUUCUCGUCCCAUCUGCAGAACCUUAACCUGGACGUGUCUGCCUUUGCCUGCCUGGCCGCCCUGGUCAUGUUGACAGAACAAUGCCCGGGGCUGAAGGAACCAAAGAAAGUUGAGGAGAUCCAGAACAAGAUCAUCUGCUGCUUGCGGGAUCACCUGGGCUUCGGGGCCGGCGUGGCAAUCGGCGGGGCCGCCGCCGCCGCGAUGAAGCCGUCGGCCUCUCUGAGCAGGGUGCUCAGUCUGCGGGCAGAGCUGCGGUCCCAGCGCACCCAGGGCCUUCAGCGCAUCUUCUACCUAAAGCUGGAGGACCUAGUGCCGCCCCCUCUUGUCAUCGACAGGUUCCUGGACACCCUACCUUACUGACGGGGGCCUGCUGGCCGCAUGCAAAGCCCCUCCCCUCCACGCAGCGGGGAGCGCACCCUGCUCUCUCAGUCCCGUGAAGACGUCCAUUGUUUCAGAGGCCUCCACGAUGCGCUGCGGCUGCGGAUUGGCAGACGUUCUAGAUAUUCUAGAAUUUAGAGUUCGGCCCUGGGGUUCUAGAGCCUCGGCACAGAGACAGUGACUGCCACACAGCACAAAAGUCCUGGACUCCUGUAAAACUCCCUGACUGGGUUUACAUUUCUUACACAGAGGAAAAAAAACACACUUUCACACACACACAAAAAUCAGACUUUUCACUUUUCCUUUGUUUCUAUGUGAAGACGUGGGUAUGUUUAUUUUCGACAAGUGAAAUCCAGAAAAGGACACUCCUCUCCGAGGUCUUUUCUUGCCAGAGUGGCUAGCAUAAUGUUUUUUGAUGGAGGUUAGUCCCUAGUCAUGUUUUGGAGAGAAAACCUCACUCCCGUUUGACACUAGGGGCGAGCCGGGAUCUCCACAGUCCAGUAAGAGUUGUAACACAUUUCUGUGUAAAAUAUCUUUCUGGAAAGUCUAUUUCAGGUAAUCAGCUCUAAGAAUUGGUGUAAUUUUUUUUUCCAAAAACUCCAAUCUGUGGACAUUUAUAUCGAAUUGUAUCUCAAACAAAGAGCUUUGUGUGUACAUCCUUCUGGAGUAUUUUGUUAUAUAAAGAGUUUACCAGCACG